AUGCUUCCAUCGCAGAACCAAUGGGGGUACACCCUCACGUACAUACCACCACUGCCACCAGCCAAGGCACGGCUACCAGUACCGUGUGCCGACGGACCACGGACAGCAAGCAGCACAACCCACACCCUCGCCAACGCACGAGCCCACGGCUCCACAAGCACCAGCAGCCACAGCACACCAAGGAGGCGCCCAAACUCACCAGGCAGCCUCAACCGACACAAGCGUACCAACAGUGCCUCCCAGUGUCACCACCACGCCGGCUUCACAACCACCGCAGCCCGCCCGCAAGCGGGGAUAGCAGCAGCGGAAAUGGUGGAGAUUGCCAUUGCAGCCGUGGGGGAGGAACCAACGCCUACAGGGGGCGGCGACUCAACCCACGAAUGCAUCCGGGCGCCCCCGCCACCAAAACGAAGACGCUUGGACUAUGCGGGGGUGGCAAAAAUGCGCCUUCAAGAAAAAGGGGCAGCAGAUAGGGGAGCUGAUGGCCCGAACCAGCAGCAGAUUAUGUCCGACCUCAUUGAAGCCCGUAAAGACUUGGUGUUCGUGAGGGCCCAGCUGGAAGAUGCAACGGCGCAGCAGGGGGGGACGCAGGUCUUGGACAGCUUUGAAGGCCUAACGCAAGCAACGGACGCCAUCAACAUCGCCUUGGCCGCACAGGGGGACUUUGAUUGGCAGUCCGACAGCUGGGCGGCCACAGUCAGCUUGCUGCUGGAAGGGGCCGACACCUUGCUGGAAGAGCUGGACCUUCUGAACUUUGCGCACGCCUCGGAUGUGAACGCCUUUGCGGAGGGGGCGGAGGAAAGACCGACGCCACGAGCAGGCACAGUGCUGAGGGACAUCAGGGGGGUGCUUCCAUUCCACACAAGGGGGCAACCUGAAGUCCGAGCCAUGUUGGCGUAUGUGGCGGCGACCUUCGAGCAGAUCGUCUACAUGGACACGCAGUCGACUGAAGCCGGGGGGACCAGCCUGGAGCCGAGCAGCCGCCGAUGA